CGCCCGGCCCCGGCCCUCACCCCUCAGCCGGGCAGGCCGCGCCAGGGCGGGCUCAUCCCGCUCCGGCGGCGCCGCUUCCGCCGCGCCCGGGCCAAUGAGCGCCAGCGGCCCGCGGGCCCGGCCGGGAGCACCGGGAGCGGGAUAUUGGCCUCUGAAACAUAAAUGAGAUUGAGUAAGGCAUCCUUACCUGCUUAGCCCCGGAAGGUGACUGGCAGGGUGGGCUCCAGAGCCAUCCCAAAACCUGCUGUAGGCAGAUUUUGGUGUCUUUUAGUGCAAGUGGCUGGUACCUGGCACCAGCAUUGUCCACCUGGCUCUGUCACUGUGAGCAGUGGCCAUGGAAGAUCCUGACAGGAAGAUUGAAGUGGUGCUGCUGGCCUGUGGGUCCUUCAAUCCCAUCACCAACAUGCACCUGAGGCUCUUUGAGCUGGCUAGAGACUACUUCCAUGAAACAGGAAAAUACAAAGUAAUCAAAGGCAUCAUUUCACCAGUGGGUGAUGCAUACAAGAAGAAAGGUCUGAUCAGUGCAAAUCAUCGAGUGACUAUGGCAAAACUGGCUACAAAAAACUCAGACUGGGUGGAAGUUGAUGACUGGGAAAGCUGCCAGAGCGAGUGGUUGGAAACGCUCAAGGUUUUAAGGUAUCAUCAUGAAAAGCUGUUAUCUGCUGAUGUCACUAAUAGUGUGCAGGAUGCUGUACCCAUAACAAAGCUGGGACGGAAGAGAAAACAGGAGCCAAACAGGCAUGAGCCCAUUAAAAAGAAAAAUCAGAGUCCAGUUGUAAAAAGUGUCCCACAGGUUAAACUGCUUUGUGGAAGUGACAUGCUGGAAUCCUUUGGAGUCCCCAAUCUGUGGAAGUCGGAGGACAUCACUGAAAUUGUGGAAAAGCACGGCCUUGUGUGUAUCAGCAGGGCUGGAAACAAUGUUCAGAAAUUCAUCUACGAAUCGGAUAUUUUGUGGAGACAUAAGAAUAACAUUCACCUGGUGGAAGAGUGGAUCACAAACGAUAUUUCCUCCACCAAGAUCCGGAGAGCCCUGCGCAGGGGCCAGAGCAUUCGCUACCUGGUGCCUGAGGGGGUGCGGGCGUACAUCGAGAAGAACGGGCUGUACAGCCCCGAGAGCGAGGACAGGAAUGCAGGGCUGCUGCUGGCUCCCUUGCAGAAACAUGCCAGUGACCCCCGGAGCUCUCAGGCCCUGAGCAGCUGACCUGCUGUCUGCUGUGAAAAACUGCAUUUCAGUACAGGAAAGUGUGCUUUCCAGGGGCUGGUGGGGGUUUUUCUUAGGUAAAGAGUGGGCUAAUUCUGUACAUCUGUAGCUAGCAGUGAGGUUUGGUGCACUCAGUGGUUGGACCUACACAACCUUUUUCAAGUCCAGUAAUAAGAUUUCACAUUUUAAUGUUUUGUCCCAGUGCACUGAAGUGAGUAUAAGAAUUCACAUCAGUACAUGAAAAUUGCAAAUGUAUAAGCAAAACAAAUGAAAGUGUUCUGAUUAGUUUUAACUGAAACUGCUCUGCUAUUUAUAAAUCAAUAACACAAAUAUUUUUAAUAACUUACUGUGUCUUAACAAAGUUAUCUGAUUUCAAGAUGUACCAUUUACUUAGAGUGAAUCUGUGUACAUUUUUUUUAAAUUGUCAACAUGUGGUUCACCUCCAACAAAUUAUUUAGCUCUGUCCUGGAAGGGAAGAGUUCCCUCUUGGCUGAAGUGGUGCUAGGUAUAGCAUGCUUUGAGCUGCUUGCCUUUGGGAUAUGCAGCUGCUUGUUCGCUGUCAUGCAGUUUGCUUCCAGAAAUGUCUUGUACUUUACUUUUCCAUUCGUGUUUCCAGGGCUGUAAUGUUAAACUCACUAUUGUUUCUGAUGGAAGGACAAACCUACCUCAGGAACUGGUUUAAAGGCAUUGAUUUAAUAGAUAGAAAUUAAUAAUAGUGUCACUGUACUGAUUCUGAGACACGUGUCCCUUUAUUACAAAUAAUACAUUGAUUUCAAAUAAUAAAGUUUCUUUUACUUUGGA